UUAAGGUCUGGGCAAGAUACCUAUCUUUUUAUAAGAAAUGUUCCAGUUUUUUUUACUAAUAAGUAGACAAGGGAAAGUAAGAUUGGAAAAGUGGUAUAAUUCAUCAUCUCAAAAUGAAAGGAAAAAGUUGAUUAAAGAAAUAACCUAUGUCGUGCUUAAUAGGCAAGGUAAAUUGUGCAAUUUUAUUGAAUGGCGAGAUUAUACACUAGUAGCUAAACGUUAUGCUAGUUUAUAUUUUAUCGCUUGUAUUGAGAAGGUAGAUAACGAAUUAUUAGCUCUAGAAAUUAUACAUCACUUUGUAGAAGUACUGGAUCGUUACUUUGGAAAUGUGUGUGAAUUAGAUCUUAUAUUCAACUUUCAUAAGGCUUACUUUAUAUUAGAUGAAGUUAUAUUAAGUGGUGAAAUUGAGGAGAGUAGUAAAAAAGCUGCUUUACGUAUUAUGUCAACUCAAGAUUCCCUUAUGGAAGAAAGUCGAGAUACUACAUCUAGCCUUGCUAUGUCGGCUGUUACCGCAGCGAAGAAGGCAGGAGCACUUUUCUAAAGUGGGGGAUAUAUUACUAUUAAUAGACAAUUUAUAAAUAUUACAGAUUUGUGAAUAUCAAAUGAAGUCCUCUUUAACUGGGGUCAAUUUUCUUAUUAUCUAUAUAAUUAUUUAUAGCUAUAUAUAUCUAAUCUAACACUUUAUUAUUAUAUAUUGUUAUUAAAGUGAAUUAGGAUACAUUUUCGAUUAUUUUAUAUUUUGUUUUAGUAAUUGUGUCCUCACGAUAUAAUAGAGAAUUCUUUUUAUUUAAUUGAGUUAAUAUUAGAUUUUUCUGGGAUAUACAUAUAUAUAUGAAUUAUUUGGUUUAUUUUGAAGUGGAGUUUUAUACAAAUGAAUCUGUGACGAGUUAAUACAAAAUAUGCCCUGGAGUAUUUGUAUAAUUAUUUACUCUUGUAAUUUAUAAAGUAUAAGGUGUUCUAUGACUUCUGUUUUAAUGUCAUGCUCACUCCAUUUAGAACCUGCCAAUUUGUCAACAAUACCUUUUGAUAUACAUACUGAAAAUGCCUCAAUAAAACCCAAUAAAGACAAAUAUUUCGAUACACAAUAAGUUGAUGGUAAAGGAACUGGAGUAAAACUCUCUUUUUUAUCCAAAAUAUUAUCAAUAAUAUUAAAUAGAUCAGAUCCAGUAAUAUGUCCUGGUAUAAAACCAAUAUUACAUAAAUAUUGGUAUAAGUGUAAAGGUUUAAUAUAAUCAUGUAGUGU